UAAUCGAAAAACCUCUUCUUCAUCUCUCUUCCUCUUUCACUUUCGGAGCCGUCGCUUGCGAAAAUUUUCCGGCGAUUUAUCAGUCAUGAUGGAAAUACGAACUCCAAAGACCGGCAAAGCCAAGCGUGUACUCGAAAAAAGAGCUCCUAAGUUGGUUGAAACUGGGAAGAAGACGUUGAUACUUCAUGGAACAAAGACGAGCGCUACUGUUAGCUCUGUAUUGAUGGAACUGUACCGUUUGAAGAAGGGAGGAGCUAUCAAAUACUCGAGGAGGAAUGAGAAUAUUAGGCCUUUUGAGAGUGGAGGUGAAACCUCUUUAGAGUUCUUCUCUCAGAAAACAGAUUGUAGCCUUUUUGUGUACGGGUCUCACACAAAGAAACGACCUGACAAUCUUGUACUUGGGAGAAUGUACGAUCACCAGGUCUAUGAUCUUAUAGAAGUUGGGAUUGAGAACUAUAAAUCUUUGCUGUCGUUUUCCUAUGACAAGAAAUUUGCACCUCAUGAAGGAUCAAAGCCUUUCAUUUGCUUUACUGGUGAAGGUUUUGAGAAUGUACCAGAGCUUAAGCAUCUUAAAGAAGUCCUGACUGAUCUAUUUCGUGGCGAGGUUGUGGAUAAUCUAAAUCUUACUGGAUUAGACCGUGCUUACAUAUGCUCAGCUAUAUCCCCAACUAAGGUUUUCCUUACUCAUUGCGCAUUGAAGCUUAAAAGGUCAGGGACCAUUGUUCCUAAAAUGGAGCUUGUUGAAGUUGGUCCAUCGAUGGACUUGGUUAUCAGACGUAAUCGUCUUCCUAACGAAAGCUUAAAGAAAGAAGCAAUGAGAACAUCCAAGGAUAAUCCUAAGAAGAAGGUGAAAAACGUUGAUCAAGAUGCAGUACGCGGAAAGAUUGGGAAGAUUUAUAUGCCUGAUCAGAAGCUCGGCGAGAUGCAAUUGCCCGAUAAAUCCAAGGGAGUGAAGAGAGAGCGGAAAGAGGGUAAGCUGAAGAAGCACAAGGAGGAGUCUGCUUCCAAAAAGAAGAAAAAUUCUUCCGACUCUGAGAAAAUUCCUACCGAUGCUGAGUGACUCACUAGACCAACUCUUGGCUCUGCAUCAACACAGUUUUCUUUGUGAGGGAAGAUGAAAUGAUUUUGUAGUAAUGUGGGCAUGGCUUUUUUGUUCCAUUAGAAUCUAUAACUGAAUGUUUUUUCUAUACGCUAAUAUUUAGUGAGGUAAUUUUGUUUUGUUAAAUUCUUAAGCCAUCAAAAAUUGUGAAAGAAAAAAAGAGUUAAGAGAAUAUCAAACACGUAUUUGUUGUCU